AUGUCAGCCAAUUUAUCCAUCCCAACUAAUAAACGGAAAAGAAAGAACCCACCCACAUCAUUAUCAUCAUCAGAACCUUCUACUUUAACCCCAUUACCUGUUGUACCACCACGUACUGAAAAGAGAAUAUCAUGUCAAAGGUGUCGAACACGUAAAAUUAAAUGUAAUUAUGAAUUACCAUGUUUCAAUUGUAAACGAGAUGGUUAUCAAUGUAUUCAACCAAUUGAUAUGAGAUCAAAACGUCUUAAAGCUAAAGAAGUUAUAACAUUACAGAAGAAAUUGGAUUUAAUGAUUAAAUUUAUUAAUGAUUGUAAGAAAUUACCUAGUUUAGAAGCAAAACAGCAAUUUAUUUCCCAAACCAAUUUAGACGAAUUGAUUAAUGUUGAUAGUAUUAAUGUUGAUAAUGAUAGCACUAAUGGUGAUGAUGUUUUACACGUUGCUAAUCAUCAUGAUGAUGAUGUGACUCAUAAUAAUAGUGCCAUAUAUGGACCUACAUCAAUCUAUGAUGAUAGUCUAAUGCAUAAUCAUCAUCCUAAUACUAAAAAUAACCAAACUACAAGUGGCAAGAAGAGCAGUUAUGAUGAUGACAAUACCAAAAAGGAAGUCAACAAAAAUGAGAAUAAAAGCAUUGCUAAUAAUAUUAAUAAUAUUAAUAUUAAAGACAACAACCAUAACAUUAAUACAUUAAAUAAUAGAAUUGACAACAAUGUUAAUAACGUUGAUAACGUUAUUAACAAGAUGAAUAAAGAUCCUGAUAUUUUAAAAUGUAUACAAUUAUUUUUCAUUUGGCAAUAUCCUGAUCAUAAUAUGUUUAUAUUUCGUGAAGCAUUUUUAAUUGAUUUUUUCAACCCCAAGAAAAACAUGUUAUAUUGUUCUAAAAUAUUAAUUCUUAGUAUAUGUUCACUUGGAGCUAAAAUGUCUACUGAUGAAACCAUUUAUAAUCGAUCCAAAGAAUUUUAUCAAGAACUGAAAUAUUUAUUAUUAAAUUCUCUUCAUCAACCUUCAAUCACAUCAUUACAAAGUUUUAUGUUAUUGGCAUUUUAUGAUAUUUGUAAUGGACAAAAUUCUAGUGGAUGGAUGUUAUCUGGAUGUGCCAUGAGAAUGGGGUAUGAUUUAGGUUUUCAAUUGAAUCCCGAACUUUGGUUUGUUAAAUCAAAGGGAGAAAAUAAUACUAUUAAUAAUUUGAGUAAAUUAGAUGUUGAAAUUAGAUCAAGAAUUUAUUGGGGGUGUUAUAUGGCUGAUCAUUUUAUUAGUUUAUUAUUGGGUAGACCAUCAAUUUUGAAAAUAUCUGAUGCAUCAAUCCCUGUGACCAGUGAUUUACCGGAUUUAGAAUGGAUUGAUGAUUUUACAUAUAAUGGAUAUAUUAAAAAGAAGAAAUCAAAGAAGCGUUCAAAAUCAAAACAUCAAAAAGAAAAAUCAGAAGCAAGAGGAGAAGAAGAGGAGGAGGUGGAGGAGGAGGAGGAAGAGGAAGAAGAAGAUAAAAAAGGUUUGAAAUCUUCUUCUGAGAAAAAACAUCGACAUCAAGAAGUUUCAUAUAUUUCUGAUCCAUUAAAUCAAAUCAUCAAUUUAAUUAAUAUUUCUGAUAAUAUAUUGAAUGAUAUUUUCACUAAAACUGAUGAAGAACAACCUCAAGAACAGCAAGAAAAAUCCAAUGAAGAUUUAAAUUUAAAAUCACGAUGGGAAAAAUUAUCACAAUAUAAUUCUCAAAUUAUGGCUUGGAAGAAAAAUUUACCUAAAGAUUUACGAUGGAAUAGAACUAAAUUAGGUAAAACAGGAGAAAAUCCAACUUAUUCAGGUAUUCGAUAUUAUUAUUAUAUUUUAUUAUUAUGUUUAAAUCGUCCAUUUGUUGGAAUUGAUCAAGAUAAUCAUAACCAUCAUGAACACCAAGAUCAUGAUCAUGAUGAUAAUUUAUCGCCCUUAUCAAUUUGUUUGAAUGCUAUUGAUGAUUUAUAUGAAUCAAUUAAUCGAUUUCAAAAAAAACAUGGAUAUAGAGGUGGUUCAAUUUUUAUUGUUUAUGCGUCAAUUUUAUCAAUUUCAAUAUUAUUAUUAACUAAUUCGAGAAUUCAAUUAGCUAGUGAACAAAAAAAUCGAUUGCAUUUCUUUAUGGAUGUAUUAUACGGAUGUUCUAAAACUUGGAAAUUAGCUGAAAAAUCUUAUAAUUUAAUUACAGAAAAAUUAAAACAUCUUUAUGAAGCAGGUGAAUUAAAAGAUGUAUUUGAAUUUAUUAUUGAAAAGAAAUCAUCUCCAUCAGCAAUUAAUACAAGUACAAAUGGAUUAGAAAAUGAACCAAACAGUGAUAAUAAUUCCCAUCCUAUUAAGGAUGAUGAAUUUAAAUCUCAAGUCGAUAAGAAAAUACAAGUCAAGUCAGAGUGUAAUCAAUCAAAUACUGAUAAUUACUUUCCUACCACUGAUACUACCAACAUCAUACAUUCUACUACUACUCACAACAACAACAACAACAACAACAACAACAGCCCUUCUACAUUCCCAAUACAUCAAAACAUUAUAGACGUACCAACUUCAUUAUCUACAAUGAACAAUGGUGCUAACAAUGGAGGUGGUGGUGGUGGUAGUAGUGGCAGCAGUGCAGCUGAUUUCUUUACUGAUGAUAAUGUUGAUUUCUUGGGUGGUCCACCAGUUUUAAUGACGGCUGAUUUAUUUAAUGAAGAUUGGGAAUCAUUAUUUCCCGAUUAUAUAUUUAAUUCGAAAAAUUGA